AAUACAUGUGGUUGUAACUCAUGUCACAUAUACACAACAUAUACCACACAUUAGCACACACAUGUAGCACGUGAGUAUUCCAACAAAAUUCAACUUUUAGUGAAUAUGAUUCUUAAGAAAAUCAGCGACGAGUCGGCGAAAAAGGGCUUUAUUGUAGAUUAUUAGUCUAGAACACCAAAGCCUGCAAGCUUAAGCUGAAUGAUUUUGAGUUAUUUCCUGCAUAUCCACAAUGUUGUGUACUGUUAAUAGUGCCAGCCGUAUGCGAUUGUCACUCAACACGUAAGAUGCAGGAAAAGGGAAACAACACCCGACGGGGGAACAUGCAACAUGUACGUAUAUCUUUUAUCUUAUUUAUGUAAGAGGCUGAAAGUUAGCUAUAUAGUGGUGCGGUGCGGCGGUGCCUAACAUGGUGUUUGAAAACAAUACAAACACGGCAGUCUAUUUCUUGAUUUGUUAUUAGUUACAGCUAACUUUCAAAGCCUUGUGGUGCCAAUCUGAUAAUAAAGUACAGCAGCCGGCCAGUAGGAAUUGAGAGGAGGAGGAGGGGAGCGAGUAUAAGCAAGCAAUGGAGCAAAAGCUAACAAGGCUAGGGGGUUCUCUGCUGGUUCCAAGCGUUCAAGAGCUCGCAAAGGAGCCACUCAAAACAUUACCACCCAGGUAUGUCCGAACUGAUCAAGACCCUCCAUUUACUUCACCAGAUACCGCAGCUUUUCCGCAGCAGAUCCCUGUCAUCGACAUGCACAUGUUAAAGUCCGAAGAAUUCAUGAAUUCAGAGCUCCAAAAGUUUCACAAUGCAUGCAAAGAGUGGGGUUUCUUUCAGUUACAAAAUCAUGGAGUAAGUGAGGAAUUGGUGGAGAAAGUGAAGAAAGAAGUUCAAGAAUUCUUCAACCUUCCAAAGGAAGAGAAGAAGAAGUGUUGGCAACAGCCUGGUGACUUGGAAGGAUUUGGUCAGGCCUUUGUUGUCUCAGAAGAGCAAAAGCUUGAUUGGUCUGAUAUGUUCUACAUAGUCACUCUUCCAACCCAAUUGAGAAAACCCCAUUUGUUUGCUAAUCUUCCUCUUCCCCUCAGGGAUACAUUGGAGGCUUAUUCAAGAGACCUGAAAAACCUGGCCAUGGAAAUACUCAGUUUCAUGGCAAAAGCACUAAAAAUGGAACCUAAUGACAUGAAGUUACUGUUUGAAGAAGGAAUGCAGGGGAUAAGGAUGAACUACUAUCCUCCAUGUCCACAACCAGACCUUGUGAUUGGAUUCACCCCUCACUCUGAUUCUGUUGGGCUCACAAUACUUUCCCAAGUAAAUGAAAUGGAGGGCCUACAGGUCAAGAAAGAUGGGAUCUGGGUUCCUGUUAAACCACUACCUAAUGCCUUCAUAGUCAACAUUGGAGACAUUUUGGAGAUUGUAACCAAUGGAGUUUACCGUAGCAUUGAACACCGAGCGAUGGUUAAUUCGGUGAAGGAGAGGCUUUCCAUUGCCACAUUUUAUAGUCCGAAGCUAGACUCAGAUAUGGGUCCAGCACCGAGCCUUGUUAGUCCAGAGAACCCUGCAAUGUUUCGCAGAAUAGGAACAGCAGACUACUUCAAGGGUUAUUUUUCUCGCAAACUUGGUGGGAAAUCAUACUUGGAUGUCAUGAGGAUUUCAAAGUAAAGAGGCUCAGAGCCCAGAGAGACUGAAAACUACCUGUAUCUGAAUAUAUUGCUCAAUAAAACUGUUCUGUCCAGUACUUUUAAGUA